CACAGAUCACAGUCGUGAGCAGAGCAAGACAGAGACAGAAGGUCGUCCUGGCACGCACGACGGGGUUAUCAUGUUGAGUUCAUCCUCAAGACGAGUGGUGCACCUGCGAUGCGCGGAAGCUUUGCUGAGACAUGUGGGGGCGGCGGGCUCUACCACCACCUGCCGCAGACCCACCGCCGGCGUUAGCGCGAGAGGGAUGAUGGCGAAGGCGGGCGCCUCAGCGGCGUCCGGCGGGAAGAAAGGGGGCAAGGGCGGCGGCGACAGCGCGAAAGACAGUGCGGGGGAGCACGGGCUAGGCGUGACACCCAUCAACUUCCUGAAGGAUGGGAAGGACCCUUCGGUCAUGCCCGACGAGGAAUACCCGGAAUGGCUGUGGAAUAUGCAGCUGCCAAGUCUUGCCAGGUUGAAGCGUAAGAAGGAGGAGGACUACACGCUCGACGAGUUCAGGCGAUUCGUUCAGCUCGACAGCCGAGAAAAGAUCAAGCGCCAGAACCGAUCGGGAAAAUUCUAAGAAGCUUUAUUGGGUACGGGAGAAGAAGCAGAAAAAACGGUAGCUGCUGUGAUUGGCUAGGGAUUGAUCGGUUGACCUGCUUUUUUGGGCUGGUUUGUCGCUCCUCUGCGGCGCGGUUGGUGAUACAGCAACAGGAAAAUUACCGUAGGUGACAUGAUGCAAGGCAUCGCACCCCGUGGAUUGAUUUUCGAAGCUCGAUUUUUCCCCUGCAAAAAAAAACGCAGCGUCGAAGAUUGCAGCGUUGGAGCCGCAGAGCGUUCCCAAAAACUUCGUUGUGUCAUUCAUGGAUCGUCUUCAUCGCGGAGUCAUCGAGCCGUGAAAAUCGGUCUAGGGGGGUGUGGUAUGUUUGUCAUGCCACCUACGUCGACUCCGCAAUUUCGGGGAGGGGAUCACGAUUGGCGCAGAGUUAUGAUGUUGGAGCGAUGGCCUUUGUUGAGUGGAGAAGACGCGGUCGGUUGUAUCGCCGUGGCGGGGUCCCCAAGGACAGUAACCCGAUUAUUCAUGGGCAUACAAUGUACGGGCCAGAUGAGAAACGAAGACAGAGACCGCCCCGAGAUUUUUCGAUACCGGUGGGAAGUGCCACAGCGUUCUCGGCAUGAACUGAGCCCCGACAUGCUGGCCUAUACUACUGCGUAUAAGGGCGCCCUUGAUCGAGAAUGGUCGGUGCCGCGUGUUUUGCGGGUGACGACGGGCGAAAGCACUCCGGUUUCGAACGGGAGUAGGGAGGUGGUCUACUGAUCGACGACGCACUUGUGGUGUUGAGAUUGCGUGCGGGCUUGGUCCCAGUGCCCAGGCUAGACACUAAAACUAGAACAGAAAAUCGAGAUUUCGCAGCCAGUAGCAAAAGACGAACGUCAAUAUUCUUUUGAGGUGUGGUGCGCGCGGCCGGCGUCUAGCUGAAUGUGUUGCUUCGGAGUUGCUGUGGAGAACCGGGGAUCUUGCUCAUGUCUGAAUUGGCAAUAUCACACCAUUGAUGUGUUUUCGGACUUGAGCGUAUUCGAUUAGCAAUAUCAAGCCAUUGAUGUGUUUUUGACUCGUUGUCUCUUCCUCCUCUCAUUUACGGCGAGGGCGAUUCCAGCAUCUCGGUGGAUUCGACUCGUAUUUUUUCCUAGGAAAGGGCUUCGAUCGAACAAAGUGGU